AUGAUUACAGAGGACCUAACCGAAGACAGGACGGGUCCUGAAGAAUAUAAUUACUAUAAAUAUCGAGAUUUUUCAAUCACUCUUAAUACAAAUGCAACUCCACAAGCCUUAGCCACAAAAGAAAAAGACCAAAAAGAUUUAACUCCUUUUCCCCACAUUUCGAUGAACCCUGAAGAACUUAAAAGAGAAAAAAAUCGUAUUGCCAGUGAAUUACAGAGUCUACAAAAACAGUUAGAGAGAAACGUCAAUUCUUACGCCGACCGUCAAAGGAAGAACAAUAUUGUAAGUGACUUGGAAUUGCAGCUCGAAAUGAAACGACAAAGAUUCAGUCAUAAAAUGCAGGAAAUGCACUUGGAACGAGAAAUGACACGAACACUUGAGAACAUUAGACAUGCACAAUAUCAAUUAAAGCAGGAGCAGAGAUUAAUUAAACAGCAAGCCAAAAAGAUGCAGUUUGAGGGUUUUCAACAGACGACGGAAUCACAAAAGCACUCAACUAAAACAGCUGUAGUUUCUGCAAAACCGAUCCACUCAGCUGCAAAAGAAACUGAAAAAGAGGUACUCGUAUCUGAGCGACAUCAAACUCCUACCACCGAACCAAAAAAAAGUGUAAAUUCACAACGCGUGAAGAAAUCUCACAAAGUUAAGAGCUGGUUCAAAUUACAUUGUCAAAAAAAGAAAUGA